AUGCGAGGACUGCUUAUCCUUUCACACCUAUUUGUCGCAAUCUAUGCUUCCAAGCGAAUCGGAUCGGCUGCGAGCACAAGAGCGAACAGUCGAGCCCAUUGUUCUCGAGUUGACUGCCAGUCAGAUGCUUCGUGCUUGUCGUGCAAAUUUCCUGUAGAUUGUGAACUGGACGAUCUUGUCUAUGUGAAUUGCACCUCUGUGAAAGAGUGUGGAGCGAAUCAGAUUAGUGUUAAUAGGGAAGCAUUUUGCAGAUAUUGCUGGCAAUCGGAUCCGUUAGAUUUUGACUGUAUGCCGCAAUCGAAUUGUUCAACAACGAGUACACAACUUGUGCUUACGGAAUGUACGAUGCAUCCUAACGUGAUAUGCAAAGGACGCCGAACAUUCAAUAAACGGAUUAGGUGCAGUUGGUCUUCUGGUAUCAGCUGGGCGAAGGCGAUGUUCCUAUCGGUGACUCUAGGUGGAUUCGGUGCUGAUCGCUUUUAUCUUGGUCUCUGGAAAUCUGCUAUUGGGAAGCUCUUCAGUUUCGGAGGACUUGGUGUGUGGACAGUGGUUGAUGUGGUACUGAUAGCAACGGGCUACAUCCGACCAGCAGAUGGUUCUAUGUACAUGUGA